AUGGAGACCUCAUCAAUACUGUCGUCAUUGAAUGAUGAACGUAAAUCUGACAAUUACAUUGAACCUCAUUACAAGGAAUGGUAUCGAGUAGCAACUGAUACAUUGAUUGAUCAUGGAUUAGAAGCAUACCACGAAUUCCUUGCAAAGGAAGGAGUUUCAGAUUUUUUAGCUGAGGAAGAAAAAAAUUAUAUUUUGAAAAAUGUCCAGAAAACUCCACAAAGCACAGAGCAUGGCACUGAUGGUUCCUGUGAUGACGCCUCCUCUUCUGGAACUUACUGGCCCAUUGAGUCUGAUGUGGAAGCACCAAAUCUUGACUUGGGAUGGCCAUGUGUAUUACCUGGACUCUUAGGGGUAACCCAGAUAGACCUGCUGUUUCAUCCACCAAGAUCACAUCUACUUACAAUAAAGGAAACUGUUCGGAAGAUGAUAAAAGAAGCAAGAAAGGUCAUUGCUUUAGCGAUGGAUAUAUUUACAGACAUAGACAUUUUUAAAGAACUUGUGGAGGCAUCAGUUCGUGGCAUAUCUGUAUACAUUCUGCUUGAUGAGAAAAACUUCAGUUUUUUCUUAAAUAUGACUGAGAAACAGGGCUGUCAAAUUCAGCGGCUCAGGAAUAUUCGAGUUCGGACAGUAAGAGGCCAAGAUUAUCUUUCAAAAACAGGAUCAAAGUUUCAUGGAAAAUUAGAACAAAAGUUUUUGUUAAUUGACUGCCAGAAAGUUAUGUAUGGUUCCUACAGCUAUAUGUGGUCAUUUGAAAAAGUCCACCUCAGCAUGGUUCAGAUAAUCACAGGACAACUUGUUGAAUCCUUUGACGAAGAAUUUAGAACUCUCUAUGCUAGAUCCUGUAUCCCUAUCUCAUUCAUUCAAGAAGAAUCAGCAAGAGUGAAGCACAGCAAAGCACUCUGGAAGAAUGGCAAUUAUCAGUGUUCAGUUUCUUCACUUGCUUCUGUUUCUAGUCAAAGAAACCUUUUUGGUAGGCAAGAUCCAAUUCAUAAACUAGAUUCUAACUACUUCAAAAAUAGAGGAAUAUGUACUUUAAAUGAGCGUGACAAAUAUGGCAUAAGAAAAUAUGGCUAUAGAUCACAUUUUGUUCCAAACUUUAAUGGUUCAAAUGCUGUCCAUCAGUAUCAAAACAGUCAGAUUAAUGAAAAUUGGAAGAGGCAUAGCUAUGCUGGGGAACAAUCAGAAACAGCACCAUACCUGAUGCUUAACAGAGCUCUGAAUCGAAACAUUAACCAUCAUAGUAACUGGAAAAGAUCUACAGAUAGUCUCAGUGUUUCAUCCUCCUCCCGAGGAGGCUAUGUAAAACAGCAGAAUGCACCUUCCCAGAGUUUUGCUGAUCGGCUUGCACAUAGAAAAGCAACAAAUCUUGGAGAAAGAAAUUCAACUAUGCGGCGGUCUUUUAAUGGAACCGAUAAUCAUGUCCGCCUUUUGCAACAACGAAUGCCAACCCUUGAACAUACAACCAAAUCAUUCUUACGCAACUGGAGAAUUGAAUCCUACUUAAAUGAUCAGUCAGAGUCAGCACCUGAUUCUACUGGAUCAGCUCUGGGUGACCGGCUUGAGUGCUAUGAUUGUCCCGAGAAUUUGAAAGCUAAUGCCCUUUAUAAUCAUUCUCGACUUCGUUCCUCUUUCAUGUUUAAACCAACUUUACCUGAACAACAGGAAGUUAACAGUUGUACAACAGAAUCUUCAAACUCAACUGUCAUUGGUUCCCAGGGAAGUGACACACCCAAGGAGAUCCAAGAUACCCCUACAACUUUACAGCAUUCAACAGACAAACCCUUACAAGAAUUAGCUCCACAGUUAUCGCUGCAAUCGGAGGCACCAAAAUCACAUACCUUGCAGGUCCCUGAAAAACACUCAACAGUUUUAAAUCAAAAUACAAAUGGCCAGAUAGAGUCAAACAACUAUUUAUACACUACCUUGUGUGGAAAUAAGGAGUCAGAAAGUCCAAAUAAUCAACACAAAGAGAUUCUCCUUAAAAGACGAAGCUUCCCUUAUUUUGAACAUGCAAAGGUCAGUUUUGAUCAUGGAAAUAAUAAGCAUCAUGUGUACAGUACCCUUUCCAGGAAUCAAAUUCGACAACCAGAAAAGCCCAAAGAGAAUAUGCUGAAAAGUUCUAAAAGUAUGCACAAUGUGGCCCAGGAAGAGGAGACAAUGAUUAUCAAGAGAGAGCCACCAGUUGUCAAUACCACCAAAUCUAUUUCCAUGGCUGCUUUGCUGGAUGUGAAUAAAGAGGAACAUAACAAAGAACUUACACCAAAGAAAGAAGGUAAGGGCUCUCCAAGUUUUUUAAAAAAGGGAUCUCAAAAAAUAAGAUCAUUUCUCAGCCUUAGUCCUGAUAAGAAAGAUAAUCUGUCUAAAAAUAAAGGAUCUGCCUUUUACAAAAUGUGCAGUAGUUCUGACACCUUAGUUUCCGAGGUGGAGCAUAAUCAAAAACUAAAAAGGUCAGAACCCAAAAUCGAUUCAUCUCCUAGACGAAAGCGUUCUUCUUCAUCAAACUCUCAAGGCAGCAUUCACAAGAGUAAGGAAGAUGUAACUGUCAAUUCUUCUCAAGGAAGGAAUUCUCCAUCAGAUGAGUGUAAUAAAAUAAUGCCCUCUACAGGUCCAGUAGAAAGAAAGUUCUCAGAAAGAGCUGAAAAUGCCUCUGCUCCAAGAUUUAACACUGAGCAGAUUCAAUACCAAGAUUCAAAAGAGAUUAACGUAGCAAUGGCUCCUCAAAGAAAACCACCUUCACCAAGAACAAAGCCUAAUGAGAUUCUCAGAACUCACUCAACUGACCGGCGUGUUUACAGCCGAUUUGAGCCAUUUUGUAAGAUUGAGAACUCUCGUCAGCCAACAAAUAACAUGGCAAUUACUAGCAUACAUCGCCCAGAAAUGAAAUCUACAAGUAUGGGCAAUAGUUAUGGUAGAUCCAACGCAAUGCUAAAUUAUAAUACUGGUGUUUAUCGCUCCUACCAGCCAAGUGGAAACAAAUUUCGUGGAUUUGUGCAGAAGUUUGAAAAUUUCCUACACAAAAAUAAAUAA